UUACUCCAAUCGACUACGCGCGCACCCGGCACCUCAAAAUACGUGUGUUUAUGUAAUUUUAACCUUUACAUCUCAACAUCUUAUCUUUCGUUCCACGCCGCGAAGGCCGUGAAGUAGGGUCGUAAAUCGCAGGGUGCUCGGCGAUAGAAAUUUGCUGAGAAUAUCUGGAGAUAUCUCGUUAACAUAUUAAAAUGGAGACACUUUUGAAUUUUUGGGAGAGACAUAUCCUCGAGACAAUUUUAUGCAUGAUAUGGCUGUUAAGCUUUUGGUAUUAUUAUUUGAACUUCCGCCAGAGAGCUCUGCUGAAACGUAUGGUUGAUGUACCAAAAGCGGUUGAGGAUUUAAUGACUAAAGAUAUAUACGACAAGGCUCGUGCAUACGCAUUGCACAGAAAUACCUUCAGUACUUUUCAGGAUGUAUAUUCGAAGAUCUAUAGUACAUUAACCCUGACGACUUUUGCCUAUCACUAUUUCUGGCAAUGCAGCAUUCAAAUAGCCAAGUACUAUGGUUUUAAUCAUGAGAACGAGAUACUGAUAAGUGCGAUAUGCAUGGUUUUUAUAAGCGUAUUUUCGUACAUAGCCAAUCUGCCGAUAGACAUAUAUGACACUUUUGUUUUGGAGGAGAAACAUGGCUUUAAUAAACAAACAGCUAUGUUUUUUAUUAAGGACGAAAUCAAAAGAUUCCUUGUGGGUCAAAUUAUCUCUUUACCUCUUCUGUGUGGCAUGAUUUGGAUUGUGCAAAAUGGUGGCGAUUAUUUCUUCUGGUACUUGUGGCUGUUAUCCGUAGUGGUCUCGUUAUUCUUGAUGAUUCUGUAUCCAGAAGUAAUCGCGCCAUUAUUUGACAAAUAUUCACCAUUACCUGACGGCGAAUUGAAGCAAAAAAUUGAAGAAUUGGCAGCUUCCUUGAAAUUUCCUUUGUACAAGCUGUUCGUGGUUGAAGGCUCCAAGAGAUCGUCACAUAGCAAUGCCUAUCUGUAUGGUUUUUACAAAUACAAAAGGAUAGUUCUUUUUGAUACACUCAUCAAGGAAUAUUGUAAGAAAGACAGCAACGAAACCGAUAAAGAGUGUGGUUGUGAAACAGAUGAAAUACUGGCGGUACUCGCGCACGAGUUGGGUCAUUGGAAACAUAAUCAUGCUGUGAAAGGAUAUCUGCUGUGCCAGAUAAUAAUUGUAGCCAAUUUCGUCAUGUUUGCCAAACUCUUGCGAUACACACCAAUGUAUAGCGCCUUUGGCUUUGUGGACACUCAGCCCAUCAUGAUUGGCCUAUAUAUAGUAUCAGCGUAUAUUUUAAUGCCACUGAAUACGGUGUUUAAUUUUGUCAGCGUGGUGAUUAGCCGAAGAUAUGAAUUUCAAGCAGACAGAUUUGCCACGAAAUUAGGCCACGGCGAGCCUUUAAAGGCAGCUCUAGUAAAAUUACAGAAGGACAAUUUGAGCUUUCCCAUAUACGAUAAAUUGUACUCCUGUUGGAAUCAUUCACAUCCGCCUAUGCUUGAACGAUUAGAAGCGAUAGAUAAAACUAAUUAAGGAACGAGUUUUUCAUUGUAUGCGAUUUUUAUAACUUGUUUCUCGACAUAAAAAAUGAAGCCUGGAGCGGCACAGCGAUACAGGCAUUAGUUGUUGUUUGCGUUAUUUUAUACGUUUUUUUUUCUUUUAAUUAUUCCACUAUCUAGUUGAGCGAACCUAAAUACGAGUCCGAGACAAUUAUGCUUCCUGUUUAUUGUCAUAAUGUCAAUGUGAUUCUGGUCUUAUUAUAAUAUCCAUCUUUUUACAAUCCACUCCAAUUGAAUAGGAACUUUUAAUAGAGCUUUACUAUCAUACGAUGUUUUUAUAUAUAAUAUAUACACAUAUAUAUUAAUAUACUCCAGCAUUUAAUAUUUACAUAUGUAAACAUUUUUCCAGUAUCAUUAAUGUCGUGAAAAAUGACCACAAUAUUUUGUAUUUUCUUAAUGUUUGUAGGGGUUUAUCUUACAUUUAAAUAUUUCGAGUAUACUUCAUUUUUCGAGGACAUAGACUAGAUUGUUAUAUUUGUACAUAUCCAUCAGAUCUUGCGCUUUACUAUUCAAUAUAUCGUUAUUUAUCAUUCCUAGAUGAAGAUUCUAAAUGCCAUUAAGUAAAAGUUCAAUUAACUUUAGGAUACGAUAAACAAAAUGUAAGUUGAUAUUCCAUUCAACAUUGUUUUUACAAUACUGGGAAUCUGUAAAAAUAUAUCACGUUUGUGAACAA